UGCCCCUUCUGAGGCACCGCAAACAAACCCAAUUCCUGGUGUCCCCCUAGUCGUGGCGGAGGAGCCUUUUAGAUGAGCCCCGAAAGGCCGGGCAGCUGGCAAUGCCCAGGGGUUACUCCUGGCUCUGCACUCGGGAAUCACUCCUGGUGGUGCUCGGGGGACCAUAUGGGGUGCCGGGGAUCGAACCCAGGUCGGCCGCGUGCAAGGAAAACGCCCUACCCGCUGUGCUAUCGCUCCAGCCCCUCAUGUGACUCUUACGAGGGAAAGGCCACAAGAAUUCAAGGAACACCCAGGGUCGCCCAGGGAAGACAAGCUCUUUGGGGCUACCAAAACGAAGCAGCAAUGCCUGUUGUGUGGCCAACCCUUUUGGAUCUCAGCAGGGAUGAAUGCAAAAGGAUUCUCCGAAAAUUGGAAUUGGAGGCAUAUGCUGGAGUUAUCAGUGCACUUAGGGCACAGGGCGAUCUCACCAAGGAAAAGAAAGAUCUUCUUGGAGAACUCUCAAAAGUUCUUAGCAUCUCAACAGAACGCCACCGGGCUGAAGUUCGGAGAGCAGUAAACGAUGAACGGUUAACAACAAUUGCACAUAAUAUGUCUGGACCUAAUAGCUCCUCAGAAUGGUCCAUUGAAGGUCGCCGAUUGGUGCCACUGAUGCCCCGGCUGGUUCCCCAAACUGCCUUCACUGUAACAGCUAAUGCUGUUGCCAAUGCAGCUAUCCAGCACAAUGCAUCUCUUCCAGUGCCUGCAGAAACAGGAAGCAAGGAAGUAGUGGUUUGCUAUUCCUACACAAGUACCACGUCAACCCCAACCUCUACCCCUGUUCCAAGUGGCAGCAUAGCAACGGUUAAGUCUCCAAGACCUGCCAGUCCUGCCUCCAAUGUAGUUGUCUUACCAAGUGGAAGUACUGUUUAUGUCAAAAGUGUUAGCUGUUCAGAUGAAGAUGAAAAACCCAGAAAACGAAGGAGAACAAACUCUUCUAGUUCCUCCCCUGUUGUCUUAAAGGAAGUUCCAAAGGCUGUUGUUCCCGUCUCAAAGACGAUCACUGUGCCUGUGAGUGGCAGUCCCAAGAUGAGCAACAUCAUGCAGAGUAUUGCCAACUCCUUACCACCCCACAUGUCUCCUGUGAAAAUAACCUUCACCAAACCAUCAACACAGACAACAAACACAACAACACAGAAGGUUAUUAUAGUGACCACAUCACCAAGCUCAACCUUCGUGCCCAACAUUCUCUCCAAAUCCCAUAACUAUGCAGCAGUUACUAAGCUUGUACCAACAUCAGUCAUUGCUUCCACAACCCAGAAGCCACCAGUGGUUAUAACUGCUUCACAGUCCUCUUUGGUCAGUAGUUGCAGCAGUGGCAGCAGCAGUUCUACACCAUCACCUAUUCCCAAUACAGUUGCAGUCACAGCUGUCGUAUCUUCCACACCAUCCGUGGUCAUGUCCACAGUAGCACAAGGUGUAUCCACAUCUGCAAUCAAAAUGGCAUCAACCAGACUUCCAUCCCCCAAAAGCUUAGUUGGUGCUCCAACGCAGAUUCUUGCACAGUUUCCUAAACAGCAUCAACAGUCUCCUAAGCAGCAGUUACAAGUGCAGCAGCAGACACAGCAGCAGGUGGCCCAGCCUUCUCCUGUCUCUCAUCAGCAGCAGCCUCAGCAAUCUCCUUUGCCUCCGGGUAUCAAACCUACCAUUCAAAUCAAACAGGAAUCAGGUGUUAAAAUCAUCACACAACAAGUUCAACCAAGUAAAAUCUUACCUAAACCCGUGACAGCAACUCUGCCCACCAGUAGUAAUUCCCCCAUUAUGGUGGUUAGCAGUAAUGGUGCGAUUAUGACAACUAAACUUGUAACCACUCCUACUGGCACACAGGCAACGUAUACACGGCCCACCGUGAGCCCAUCCAUAGGCCGAAUGGCUGCAACCCCUGGAGCUGCAACCUAUGUGAAAACGACCAGUGGGAGCAUCAUUACCGUAGUGCCCAAGUCAUUAGCUACCUUGGGGGGCAAGAUAAUUAGCAGUAAUAUAGUUUCUGGAACAACUACUAAAAUCACUACAAUCCCAAUGACUUCCAAGCCCAAUGUGAUUGUUGUGCAGAAGACUACAGGGAAAGGAACCACCAUUCAGGGCCUUCCUGGCAAAAACGUUGUCACAACUUUGCUGAAUGCUGGGGGAGAAAAGACUAUACAAACAGUGCCAACUGGAGCAAAGCCAGCGAUCAUCACUGCUACAAGACCCAUCACCAAAAUGAUUGUAACCCAACCAAAAGGAAUAGGCUCCACAGUUCAGCCAGCAGCGAAGAUCAUCCCAACAAAAAUUGUUUAUGGCCAGCAAGGUAAAACACAGGUUCUUAUUAAACCUAAACCAGUUACAUUUCAAGCAACAGUUGUUAGUGAACAAACAAGGCAGCUGGUCACAGAAACGUUACAACAGGCUUCGAGGGUUUCAGAGGCUGGUAAUUCGUCUAUUCAGGAGGGAAAGGAAGAACCACAGAAUUAUACAGAUAGUAGUUCCUCUUCUGCUGAAUCUUCCCAAAGCUCCCAAGAUUCCCAGCCUGUAGUUCAUGUAAUUGCUUCCCGGCGUCAGGAUUGGUCAGAGCAUGAGAUUGCAAUGGAGACUAGCCCCACCAUAAUUUAUCAGGAUGUAUCCAGUGAAUCACAAUCAGCUACUUCAACAAUCAAAGCUCUAUUAGAACUCCAGCAGACAACAGUAAAGGAAAAAUUGGAAUCUAAACCAAGACAACCCACUAUUGACUUGAGUCAAAUGGCAGUGCCUAUUCAGAUGACCCAGGAAAAGAGACAUUCUCCUGAGAGUCCAUCAAUUGCUGUGGUAGAGUCAGAACUAGUUGCUGAGUACAUCACUACUGAACGCACUGAUGAGGGGACAGAGGUUGCUUUUCCCCUUCUAGUCAGCCAUCGCUCCCAGCCCCAACAGCCCUCGCAGCCCCAGCGGACCCUUCUCCAACAUGUGGCUCAGUCACAAACUGCAACACAGACAUCAGUGGUGGUGAAGUCUAUACCAGCAUCUUCCUCUGGAGCAAUCACCCAUAUUAUGCAACAGGCAUUAAGCAGUCACACUGCUUUUACCAAACACAGCGAGGAACUUGGAACUGAGGAGGGCGAGGUUGAAGAGAUGGACACUUUAGACCCUCAGACAGGUCUGUUUUACCGAUCUGCCCUGACCCAGUCAGCUAAGCAGCAGAAACUUAGCCAGCCUCAGCUGGAACAGACUCAGCUGCAAGUGAAAACUCUGCAGUGCUUCCAGACUAAACAGAAGCAGACCAUCCACCUGCAGGCAGACCAGCUCCAGCACAAACUCCCGCAAAUGCCCCAGCUUUCCAUCAGGCAUCAAAAACUCACCCCUCUCCAGCAAGAACAAGCACAGUCCAAGUCAGAUGUACAGCACACACAGCAUCCCAUGGUGGCCACAGACAGGCAGCUUCCUACCUUAAUGGCACAGCCCCCGCAAACUGUAGUACAGGUGCUCGCAGUGAAAACCACGCAGCAGCUCCCCAAACUGCAACAGGCUCCGAACCAACCAAAAAUCUACGUGCAGCCCCAAACCCCCCAGAGCCAAAUGCCGCUCUCAGCCUCGUCAGAGAAACAGCCGGCAAGCCAGGUGGAGCAGCCAAUUAUAACCCAAGGAUCCUCUGUUACAAAGAUAACUUUUGAGGGGCGUCAGCCUCCCACAGUUACAAAGAUAACUGGUGGCAGUUCUGUGCCUAAGCUGACAUCACCAGUUACAAGCAUAUCUCCCAUUCAGGCCUCGGAGAAGACAGCUGUAUCAGACAUUUUGAAAAUGUCUUUGAUGGAAGCUCAGAUUGACACAAAUGUAGAGCAUAUGGUAGUGGACCCCCCAAAGAAGGCUCUUGCCGCUGGUAUGCUCACUGGUGAAACAGGAUCAUUACCUUCUACCCACGUGGUGGUAACAGGGAUGACGAAUUCAACUUCCCAGCAACAGAAAUGUAGAGAGUCCUGUUCAAGUCCAUCUGCUGUUGGUCCUUCCCUAACGACAAGGAAAAUCGAUGUACCAGGAGUGCCUACAUCAGGCCAGUUCAUGCGUAUUCAGAAUAUAGGCCAAAAGAAAGCUGAAGAGAGCCCAGCAGAAAUUAUCAUCCAGGCCAUUCCCCAGUAUGCUAUUCCCUGUCAUGCCAGCUCCAACGUGGUCGUCGAGCCCAGUGGGCUCCUCGAGCUGAACAACUUCACCAGCCAGCAGUUGGAUGACGAUGAGACGGCCAUGGAGCAGGACAUAGACAGUAGCACAGAGGAUGGAACUGAGCCCAGCCCCUCUCAGAGUUCUGCUGAACGGUCCUAGUGUUUGGGGCACGCAGGAGUGCACUUUAAAACCGACUUGGUUACCAAGUGUCCAGGGGAGCCCUUGUUUUUUGGUAUCUCUAGAGAGCACUUUGCCCAUGCUUAUGUUGUGGACCCCGAAACAGCAGUGUUUCAACAAUUGCUGCAGGAGCAGCAUUUUAAAAUUAGAUAAAACUCACAGGGGAAUGUACUUCUUUUAUAUAUAAAAAAGAAAAAAUGGAAAAAAAAAACCAAAACAGAGAGAUGCACAUCUGUAGUGACAUGUAAGACCUGAAAUUCUUUCUCGGACCAUGGCCAACGGAAAAGUUUGUCUUGCAGUGGAAAGGGACUUUUCCUGUGAAUGUUCCUCAUCUGGUUUCUACUAAGCAAAGCACCAUCCAGAAGGAGAAUGUGAAUGGUUUGUGUUUUGAAAUGGUGUGUCAGGAACUGUUUUGUUUUGUUUUGUUUUGUUUUGUUUUAAUUGUAUAUGUUUUUGCAGAUUCUUGGAAGUGUUGAGUUGGAUAGCAUUUUACAUUUAACAUUUGCUCAAGUCAUAGUUUAUGAAAAUAACUAGAAUAAUACUGGCAUUAAAGAAUCCUUGUUGGAUAGUGGAAAUCAGACCCCUAAUCAGUGGGAAGUGCUUUUUGGGUGGUUUGUACAUUCUCACCAAUUAUAUGCUAAUUUAUUGUGUUGUCCUCCCUUUUGUGCUUAUGGCAGCAUAUUUGCCUUCUAUUUAUUUAAAUGUAAACCUUUCAAACCGGCCAUAUUCCUUAUAACAGACUUCCUUAAACCAGAAUUUCCUCCCCUACCCACCUCCUUUCAUCUCCCUCUCCUUUAAGAUAACUUAUUAAAAAAAGUUUCCUUGUGAAGUAAAGAAGAAACAUUUUCUCAUCCAGAGGAAAAGUUUCAGUUAUGUUCAGGAAAACAAACUAUACAUAUAAUGCUAUCUCAACAUUAAAAUUGCACAUACACAUUGGACUGAGGCUUUUAAAUAAGGCUUUCCAUGCUUUUGUUUAACCACCCUUUGAAAUAUAUAUAUAUAUAAAGUUCAUUUACAAUUCUAAAUGUUUUUAAGCAAUCUACCGUAAGACACAGUUUGUUUAAGCAAUAUGUUUGGAUCUUGUGAUCAUUGUCUCUCACAAGCAGUAAGGUAAGAGGGUGGGAGGGUCAGAGUCAGUUUCGACAGGUUGUGGCAAAGGAAACUAUACUUCUCAUUUUUUAAAAAUGUAAAUAUAAAGGUUUUUAACGGUUUUAUAUAGAUUUCAUUAUAAAUAAGCAUUUUAAGACUGACAAAUGUUGAACUGUAGAUACAUAUAUCAGCAUAACUGCCCAAUUUUUUGGUGCUGAAGUACUGUAAGUAGAAUUCAUCCACAGCCUCCUAAUUUUUGCAUCUAUAUCUGGAAAAAAACUGUGAUAUUAUAGUUAAUAAACUCCCACUAGAGUGACACUGAAGAUUUAAACACAAGCAUUGAUCUAGUAGGUAAUAAUGACUUACCCAUAGAUGGAGCUGUUGGAUAUUAUUUUAUUGUACAAAUUCAUGUUUAAAAGACUUUGUGACUCUGUUUCUAGUUAACUAAUUUUUUAAUCUCGGGUCAUAAACUUCUUUCAACAUCGGAUUGCAUUAUGAAUUCUCACCAAAAAGAUACACUUGCGAAUAUGCAUCUUAGAUACCAUUGAUACCAAUUAGGGGCCAAGAACCCUUAAGCCAGUCCAUGUAUCCCAGGUUAAGCCCUCUGUUAUGGUCAAUCCAUUACUUACAAAUGUAAGUUUUUAUAAAAUAAAAUAUCUUUUAAAUAUUUGUGGAUCAGGUCACAUGAGCGAACUUGAAUAAAGUUACUAUGUUUUAUUUCUACCUAUUCUA